AUGGGUGAAAUCCUUGUGAUAUGUUGUCCAGUGUUGGGGCACUUCUACCGAUCCAAGAAACUCGACCGACCUACAGGAAAUAAGAAGGCCAAGUUUCUCAACCUACUUGCUGUAAAAGAUCUAGAGUGGAAGGAAGAUGUUGCAAGCGCUCACAAGAAACUUGCUACUGAAUCGACUCGACUAAAAGACAUCUUCACCAAUGACUUGCAAUCCCUCAAAUUGAUGGCUGACAAUGGAGAAACUGCUGCAGAGCUCACCAUCAUGACCCAGAGCCUCAAUGGUCUUGAUGAUGAGCAGCAGGAGUACUUUAAGCUCAAGAGGGCUCAAAUCCUCCAAUCUCUUUGA